GAAAGUUGUCUAUUUGAGUCUUUAAGCCCUUUUUAAAAUCCUAUUGCAAGAAAAACAAAACAGUGAAGUCAAGCCAGAUCAGAGACAUCAUAGCCAGAAAUGGAAGUAACAAGUGCUGUCCAUUCAAUUGGGUCUCUCAAUUUGCAAACGCGCUCUUCACAACUUGAAAAACUCAACAACAAUGGAGCCUUCUUCCUAUCCACAAGAACCACAAAACAAAAGAAUUCUCUUCUUCAGGGUUAUCUUCAUCCAAUAAACCACAUAAUCACCAAAAGCAACGUUGGUUAUGGUAUUAAUCAUGCUAGUAACAGUAAAAGCCUCAUCAUUAAAUCAACUUCUUCUCCUACUUCAACAGAAACUUCUGAAUCCUUAUCUGAAGUUGAAAAGAUAAAGCAGAAAUGCCUUAAGUGGAAGUGGAAGGGUCAGUAUUCCAUAAACUAUUAUGUUUCUUCUGAUUCAGAUUCUCCUCAGCCCAAUCUCCCUCCUUUGUUACUUGUCCAUGGCUUUGGUGCUUCCAUUCCUCACUGGCGCAGAAAUAUAAAGACAUUGUCUCAGAAUUAUACUGUUUAUGCUAUUGAUCUUCUUGGUUUUGGAGCAUCAGAUAAGCCACCAGGCUUUUCAUAUACCAUGGAAACAUGGGCUGAGUUGAUCCUGGAUUUCUUGGAUGAAGUUGUUAAGAAGCCAACAGUACUAAUAGGAAACUCCGUUGGAAGUCUUGCUUGUCUCAUUGCUGCUGCUUCAGGCAUGAUCCAACAAGAUUCAAGUGAAACUCUUGUUAAAGGAAUAGUGCUGCUAAAUUGUUCUGGUGGCAUGAACAACAAAGCAAUUGUUGAUGACUGGAGGAUCAAGUUACUACUACCAUUGCUUUGGCUAAUUGAUUUUUUAUUGAACCAAAAGGGAAUCGCCUCAGCAAUUUUCGAGCGUGUCAAACAAAGAGAGAAUUUGAAGAACAUCUUGAGUUCAGUAUAUAGUAAUAAGGAGUCUGUGGAUGAUGAACUUGUGGAGAUCAUUAGGGAACCGGCAAAUGAUGAAGGGGCAUUAGACGCGUUUGUAUCGAUUGUAACAGGGCCGCCAGGGCCUACUCCGGUGCAGUUGGUGCCAAAAGUUUCGUCGCCUAUUUUACUUUUAUGGGGAGAUGAAGAUCCGUUUACUCCAAUUGAUGGACCUGUUGGAAAGUACUUCUCAUCAUUGCCUUCUCAGCAAGAAAAUGUUAAACUGUUCUUACUUGAAGGGGUUGGACAUUGUCCUCAUGAUGACAAACCUGAAUUAGUUCAUGAAAAAUUGCUUCCCUGGCUGGCUACUCUUUCAAGUUCAUAGGAAAGACAGAAGCCAGUUGUUGAAACCUUUUGUUUAAUGACUCAAACCUCAAAAACUGUCGCAUAUAUUUCAUAUGUAUAGGUUAUGUAUCUAUGUUGUUUAUAGAUUGUUUGUAUUCAUUUAAACCUCAAAAGUUGUUUGUAUUCUUGGAAAAGCAUGGUGAGUAUAACUUUACAUUAAACAUUUUAUAUAAAAUUCCAAGUAUACAGUAUAAAAGAGAAUAUCUCAAUCCACCCCUCGAAUCUCUUUAGCCAUCUGGCGAAAUUUUGUUUAUGCCUCCUACUUCCGUAGAUGUACCUUCGAAAACACUUUUUUUCUUCUUUAAAAUUUAGCUUUUUCCGAAGGAUGUACCAACGGAACAUUUUGUUAUAAUUCGGUUC